AAAACAAGUGCUUGUAAAAUAAUAAUAAAUAUCGUAGAUUUAUUAUAAAUUCGUAAGUCAUUGGAAAUUUUUAAGUGCGAAUAGAAAAACUGUGUGAGUGAGUAACACGAAAAAAGUGUAUGUAAUAAAUGCAGAAGAAAAUCUGAAGAGGUCAAAAAUGUAAAAUUUUUUGAAUAUAAAUACCAGAGAAACGUGCUUACAAAUUAAGUAAAAAAAUAGUAUGUAUUAUUAAAUAUCAACAUAAUUUCUUAAAAAAGAGCUUUCUUAGAAUUGAGUUAUGUGGUGAAGUCAACUAAACAGAUCAGAUAAUUAGAGAUAGAAGCGCUUAAAAUCACGCACAUAUACCUACGCGUGUGUACCUAACUGCAUACAACUACACGCACACAGAGGCACUUAUGCAUGAAAGGUGUUUCUCAGGCCAAAGGAGAAUUUUCUUAAAAAGCCACACUGUAGCAACUAUAACAAACAGAUCAUUAAAUUGAAAGCAGAACUUCUUUUCUUCCUUCCUCUAAUAUAUAUGACAAUUUGAUUACAUUUAAUAAUUUUCAUUAAAAAGGGCAAUAAAAAGCUUAACACUGGACGAUAAAAGUGUUUUUAAAGGGUAAUGGCGGCCUCCACUCAAGGAGAGAUUCGAGUGGGUCCCGGCCACCAGGUAAACGAUGUCUAUGCAAAGUUGCCCGAUUAUAAUCCAAUUUCAAGCUUUCCUGUUGACAAGGAAACCGAUGAGCGUGAAUUAGAAGAAUCAAGAUGGAGUCCCGGCAUUGUAACAGAUUGCGAUUUGUUAAUGUUUUUACGCGCAGCUCGUUCUAUGGCUGCAUUUCAAGGUAAGCUGGUUUGCUGGUCUGUUUCUUCUUUUUUUUUUUUUUUAAUGAUAUCAUAUAAUUGCGUCGAUAUUUCAGGAAUGUGUGAUGGAGGAUUAGAAGAUGGUUGUUUAGCUGCUAGUCGUGAUGAUACUACCAUUAACGCACUUGAUGUUUUACAUGAUUCUGGCUACGAUCCAGGUAAAGCCUUACAGACACUUGUAAAGUGUCCCGUUUCAAAAGGUAUUGAUAAGAAAUGGACUGAAGACGAAACGAAGAAAUUUAUUAAAGGUCUUCGUCAAUUUGGAAAAAACUUCUUUAGAAUACACAAAGAUUUACUACCGCACAAAGAAACUCCCGAGCUAGUAGAGUUUUAUUAUUUGUGGAAGAAAACGCCGGGUGCCAAUAACAACCGACCUCAUCGCCGACGACGUCAAAGUGCUUUGCGGCGCAAUCGUGUUACACGAGCAAGCAAUACACCUCCCAAGAAGGAGGAUACGCCUGAACCUCAAUCUGUUGCGACGGCCACGACGACGGUGGCGACUACGGCGACUUCAGAGACGAAUAGCGCUUCGCCUGUUGCUUCCAAGGAGGAGAAUAGUUCUCUAACCGAGGACGACGUCAGCGAGUGCGACAGUGACUCAAGUUUGACUCACAAGAGGGAUGAAUCACCAUCUAGGAUGAGGACGAGAAACAAACCACAAAAUAGUGCCACGACCACAUCUAAGUGUGAUCAGACACAGGUUACUCAACCACAAGUUACGGCAAAUGGUAAAAGACCUAAACGUGGCACAGAAACGCCGGAUAAUGUAACGCCGGCUGAAAGUCCCAAGACGCCCACAAAACCGCACUCUACUGAAAAUGUAGCAAGUAAACGCAAGACUGGUCGUCAAGAGACACCUAGUAAAAGGAAGCGCAUUGACACCGAUGUCUCCACGAGCGGUGAGAUUACUGAUAUAGGAGAUGACACUACUACAGUUUCAACGACUAAAGAUAAACGUAAGCGCACCGAAAGCUCUACGGAGAGUAUGAACUCUGACAGUCGAUCCGACUCAGCAAUGGACGAUGGUGAAUCGAACAUAACAGACACAGGGGAACAACAGUCUAAAGACAGUAAGGAGAGUUCGUCUAGUAAAGAAGACAGCAGCGGCAACCAUGAUCUUGAAACGUUCAAAAGUGAUAAAAUUUGUGAGCCUACUUCCAAGAAAAUCACCGAUUCUGAUACAAAAGAGAAGAUCAAAAAUGAUGAUGAAGAGACCAACAUUCAAGCCCCAACUGUAAUACCAGUAGUGGGAAGCGAUUGUCUGAAAGACUCAAGAACCAAAGAAGAAAAGCCGGCUAUCGUAGCUCAACCAAUAGCAGGCUCGCUUCCCCUUAAAAUACCCACAAUAGCCACUGUUCAGGCCUUGAAUGCUUCGGUGGAUCGCAAGGAAUCAGAAAAGAUAGAGAUGAAGGAUUGCGAUUUACCAAAAGAACAAGAAAUGUUAAAGAAGAUUGCUAACAUGAAGCAAGAAACACUUCAAAUUCCUCCUUCGGCAAAUGUAAUGCCAGACGAUGUGUUUAUAAAAAAAGAACCGAUGGAUGAUUCAAUGGAUGCCACCUGUAAUCAAAAUAGUAAUGAACCUCAAGACCUCAAAGUGAAAAUUGAGGUUAAAAAUGAAGAUAGUAAAGCUGCAGUUUUGCGGCUAUCACACAGCACAUCUAGUGCCAAUCAAGUUUCGAUGUCCUUAGCAACAGAUAGUCGUGAAAAUCAAGAACCCACCCAAAGCCAACCACCUUCAAUCAUGCAACAUCAUCAUUCUGGUCCGCCUCCGGGCUAUAUUGUCGAAGGAAGUCCACUCGCAUAUGCAUCUACAACUGAUAUAUCUUCCGGAAAUAUAACAGGUGCUCCUGCUGUAUCCGUUUCGUCACAUAAAUAUACCAGUGACUUGGAUGUAAAAUAUGGCGAAAUUAAAUACGAGCCUAGUAAAUUCGCUUCUCAAGACUUAAAAUAUCCACCAUCUCUAGAUUCAAUGAAAUAUAGUCAAGAAGUACAGGCAGCAGCUGCAGUUGCCGCGGCUGGUAAAUAUGACAUGAAAUAUAUGAUAGAGCAACAAGGUGGUAAAUUUCCAAGCGAUUUAUCUACUCAUCCUUUACCAUCAAGCAACAAGCCUUAUGUAAAUGAUCCUUUGAAAAUUCCGGAUCUUAAGGGUAGCUAUGCGCCAGGGGGCUUAGGAACUCCACAAACUAACACUUCUGCACUUAGCGAAAAUUCAACACACAAGUAUGGCAGUGGAUUAUCGGAUCAACAAUCAUCUAAUACUGGAUCAAUAGGUCUGCUACCGGGAAGUACACCUCCGCCAGGUAUUGCGGUGCCAAAAGCGCACUAUCAGCAUGAAGUUCAACAUACAAUGACGCGAACUCCUUUCGAGUCAGCAGCGGGGCUUAUGAUUAAGUACGGCGACCCUUUAACUAGUAAAUAUGGUUCCGAUCUCAAAUACUCUGCCCCGCAAGGAACCUUGAAUGAUCUAGGUAGCGGUUUAAAGCCGUCGCCAUAUGGCGAAAAUCUUAUAAAAUCAUCACCCUACGUUGGCAGUGAAGGUAGUUUGAAAUAUACUCCUUCUGAAAGUCCCAUUGAUGCUUCCUCGCGUUCAACGCCGGGACAAGAUAGCCAGAGCAGUAACAGCAGCUCUCAACCUCUAUCUCAGCAGCAAUUUCAGUCUCCGCAUCCGUCGCCUCAUAUGCCCUCUCCAGCUAGUGGUGGACUGCCGCCUGGAAUGCAUCCACAAAACUUGGUUUCGCCACAUGGCGGUCUACCACCACAUCCAGCCCAUCUCAGCCAAAGUUCCAGUAUGCAACCCAAUUCAGCUGUAAGUCAGGUUCCGCAAACUCCAAUGCAUCCAACACCUCCACCUUCGUCUAAUAGUACGCCACAGAGUGGCCUUCUCCAUCUUGGGUCCACAUCAGUUCCAUCGACUUUGCCCUUGACAUCCACGGCGAGUUGUGCACCACCGGGGCCAAUAACAAUGGCCUCUGGAAUACAUCCCCAACAUUUACCCCCAAGUCAUUUGCAUCAAAUACACAGGCCACAUCCGGAAUUACCACCUGGCGCAGGUAUACAUUCUCACGCCCCGAUACCAUUAUCUUUACAAAGUCAUGAUUUACGAAACGGACCACCUCCACCUAUGCAGGCACAUGGGCUUUCACAACAACCACAACAACCACAAACUGGUACUGCAAGAACUCCUUCUCCAGCUCAACAACCAUCCAGGGGAAUACACGACGACCGGAGUUCGGGACCGGGUAUACCAUCAUCUUCUCAAUUAAGGGAAUCUGCAGCAUCUCAGUCUUCUUCAGCUCCACCUCAACAGUCACCACAUUCCCAUCGAACUUCACCUUUACCUGGUUUAGCUGGUAAUCCUCCACAUGGAUUAAUUGGUCAUCCAUUACCUAUUCAUCCGCAUUUAGCGCAUUUGCCACCAGGUCAUCCAGGUCAUCACAUGCUUUCUCAUUCUCUGGCUGCUUUGGGACCAGGCGCUGGCCCGAUCGCGUUACUAGCAGGACCUCCCACACUAAACAAUCUCCAAGAAUCAGGACUCAAUCGCCGAACACCACCAUCCUCGCACUUGCCCCAGUCGCAUUCAGCGGUCUCAUCAGCAAGUGGUUCAAUGCCUCCGCACGCAUCAAACUCUUCCUCAUCCGCUUCGAAUACCUUAACAACUAAUACUGUUCCGUCGUCCGCUUUUAGUCGUGCUAGUCCAAGCGUACAAACAAAUUCCAUUGGUGGUGCACCAGGUGGAGGGCUUGGAGGAUCGUCAACUGGUGGUAAUAAUUCCGGCACACCAGGUAGUUUGACUUCAUCUGCAGGUGUUGUUCAUCGUUCGGUUUCUCCAGCGUCAAGUGCAAGUAGCCUAAGUAGGCAAAGCCCACUACAUCCUGUGCCGCAGUCGCCGUUGAGCCAUCAUCCCUCAUCUUCUGCCCUUUCAGCCGCAGCUGCCGCGGCAGAAAGAGAUCGUCAUGCAUUGUUACGGCAACAAUCCCCUCACAUGACGCCGCCGCCUGUAUCAAGUACUUCAGCUUUAAUGGCAAGUCCUUUAAGUAAAAUGUACGGGCCACAAGCUGGGCAGAGAGGUCUUGGAACGUCUCCGCCACCACACUUACGACCGGGGGCUUCUCCACCAGUAAUACGUCACCCCCAAAUGCCUUUGCCACUACCUUUAAUUCCAGCAGGAGCAGGCAUACCCCAGAUAGGCGUGCAUCCAGCUCAGUCUCCUUAUCCUCACCCGCUUUUGCAUCCUUCAAUGUUUUAUUCACCGCAUCAUCAUAACCCAUUUAAUUCUCCAUAUGGUUACGGACCUUAUGGACCAGGUUUCCCAGCAGCUUACAUGAAACCGCCACCGCCAGCUGGACCUUUGGAUCCAACCACUGUAAUGGCGGCCCAUCAUCCUGGAUUGCCAGGACCACCACCACCUACACGACCAGAUGAUCCUACUGUGGCAGCGGCAGCUGCGGCCGCUGUAGAAAAGCAGAAACAGCAACAAAUACACCAACAGAUCCAGCAGCAACAACAUCAGCAGCAGCAACAACAGCAGCAUCAAAAUAAGUCUCCAGCGUCAAAGACUCCGCAAAGUAAUAGUAGUAACAGUGUUAGCGGUGGAAGCGGAGGACCUUCAGUAAGCAAUCAACAGACAACUCCGGCUGGAUUACCACCUUCUGGUUAUCAAGGCUCGCAUAUGUCAGGUUAUCCGCCUCCCCCGCACGCCCCACCAUAUCAAGAUGCUGGCCAAACCCAUGUGAUAAAACCCACAUCGCAUAUGGAUGCACUAAGAGCACACGCACAUUCAGCUAGCGCCGGACUAGGGGCACCGCAUCAUCCUUCGGAGACGUUACCAAUUGAAAUUGAACCUGAUCCUGAACCAGAAAUUCCUAGUCCUACACACAAUAUACCACGUGGUCCUAGUCCAGAAGCAAAACCAGAUGAUACCGAAUGCCACCGUUCACAAUCAGCAAUAUUUGUCCGUCAUAUUGAUCGCGGUGAUUACAAUUCAUGUACAAGAACUGAUUUAAUAUUCAAACCGGUCGCUGAUUCCAAGCUAGCCCGUAAACGUGAAGAACGUGAUCGUAAAUUGGCGGAAAAAGAACGCGAAAGAAGACAACAACAGCAACAACAACAACAACAACAGCAACAGCAAGCUGCAGCUGCUCAACAAGCUGCCGCUCAACAAGCUAAACUAAAAGCCGACCUAAAACCUCCUUAUGCAGAUACUCCUGCUUUGCGCCAAUUAUCAGAAUACGCCAGGCCGCACGUUGCUUUCAGUCCUGUUGAACAAAUGGUACCUUAUCACCACCCAAUGGGGCCCAUAUAUAGAGAAAGAGAAUUGGAAGAAAUCAAAAACGCACAAGCUGCAGCAGCUAGCCAAUCACGUUUGGACCCUCAUUGGAUGGAAUAUUAUCGACGAAGUAUGCAUCCUUCACAAUUUCCGUUGUACGCGAAUCCAGCCGCUAUAUCGCAAAUUGAAAGGGAACGGUUAGGCAUACCACCACCACAUCAUGUGGGCUUGGACUCGAGUGAACAUAUGAUACGAUUGACACGAGAAUUUCAUGCACAUGCGCAUUCUCAUACUCAUUUACAUUUGCCUUUGCCUUCACAGCCGCAACCACCGGAGGCCGGAUUCCAACUACCACCGAACGUUGGACAAUAUCCACGUCCAAAUAUGCUUAUGUCUAGAGAGCCACAUUCGGAUGUUUUGCUGCGUAUGUCUUAUGCUGAUCAACUUCAGGCCGCCGAAUUCCAGCGUCAAUCUAUGCAGGAUCAGUAUUUUCGGCAUCGAUCUGAAAUAUUUACCCGGAGGGCUAUAUGAAAUCUCAUGGGAAAAUAAAUCCACUACUAACACUCCCGACAAUAACUGAAAAUUUAAUUGUGCAUGACUUUCAUUAGAAAGAACAUUAUUCGGAUAGAAAGGAAAAAUCACUAUAAGUGGGUUCUGUGUGUUCUUUCGUAUUUCGAUUCAGAUUGUCGACCAGAAUCUGAAGACAACGAUUUAAUAAGCGCCAGCAGGGGAAAAAAGAAAAAAAAUUCGAAAACCUAUUUGUAAUAAAGUAAUUCAAGUCGCCUUAAAAAACUAAUUGACGCUGCCAAGGGACUCUUAAUUGAUGAUUGCUUUCAAUUAUGUAUAGAUAAACACUACCUCGCAAAGUUCUUUAAUAAGACCUUGGACGUUGGAAAACGAGGUGAUGUUACGAUAGCAAUGCAAAUUUUGCAUAAGCAAACACCAAAGUUAAUUGUAAAGAAACAAUAAAUCAUUCGGCUGAAGUGAUAAACGUAUAAUGUUCGGAAACAUGUGAAAAUAUUUUUUUGGAUCUGAGCCCUAUUUAAGUAUUUUUAUACUCAUCACCGAAGGAUGAUAGUUAUAAA